UUACAGCAAUGUUUGAAGUGCCUCAGUCUAAUUGAACCGAUAAUCUGUAGUCAGGUCAUUCAACACAGUCCAAGGUGGCAGUAAAUGGAAUUAUAUUUUGUUUAGGUGAUGACUUUGAGUAUUUUGGUGAUUUAUUGAAGUCCCAUUCCACCUCCAGACGGCCUUAUCUUUUUCUCUCUUCAUCCUCACACCUGAUUUUGUCUUCAUUCCAGUGCUUCCUGUUUACUGCUUGGUUGCUAACCACUGACAUCAUAGUCUCCACCUCUCCAAAUCAAUCUCUCACAGAGAGCGAGCGAGGGAGAGACACACACACAUACACACACAUUCAUAGGCUGAACAGCAGUACUGGAAAGAUAAGGAGUGUCUGUGGCAUUGAGGCAGCAUGCACAGGUUUUCUACAACUCAAAGCACAUAAGCAUCCCAGCCUAAUGCUGGAGAUUUGAGUUCUGCUGUGCAUGAGAUAGGUUCCUUACUCUCAGUGUUCAUUGCUCAAUUCAAGAUUCAGGGUGGCUUUUAUUUCUUCAUUUUGCUGUCUGCUGUGUCAAAAAGGGUUGCAUGCAUGACAGUCCGAAAAGGAGAAAAAAUGGCCAUAAGUAUUCAAGAGCAUAUGGCUAUUGAUGUCUGCCCAGGUCCUAUUAAGCCUAUUAAACAAAUCUCUGAUUACUUCCCCCGUUUUCCUCGUGGUCUUCCAGCAGCUGUGAGCCGCAACUCUGUGCAUUCCACUGUCAGCCAGCCCUCUAUCACCCAGUCAGAGGCUACAGAGGAGGACGAUGUGGACAAAUUAUUUGGGGCAUAUGGAGCUGCAUCUGCUGCACCUACCAAACAUGAGGAGGACACCGAGGCUGAAGGCUAUGAAUCCGAUGACUCCACCACCCUGGGUACAUUAGAUUUCAGUUUGCUGUACGACCAAGAAAACAAUGCUCUCCAUUGCUCAAUAAAUAAAGCGAAGGUACCAAAGCUUUGGCACAAGAAGGGCCUUAAGCCAAUGGACCACAACGGACUUGCUGAUCCAUAUGUCAAAUUACACUUACUCCCUGGAGCCAGUAAGGCCAACAAGCUAAGGACAAAAACUUUACGGAAUACGUUGAAUCCAAUCUGGAACGAGACUCUCACUUACUAUGGGAUUACUGAUGAAGACAUGGUACGGAAGACAUUAAGAAUUUCGGUAUGUGAUGAAGAUAAAUUCCGUCAUAAUGAGUUCAUUGGCGAAACAAGAAUUCCACUGAAAAAAUUAAAGCCAAAUCAAACGAAGACCUUCAACAUUUGCCUGGAGAAACAGCUGCCAAUAGACAAAACAGAGGACAAAUCACUGGAAGAGCGUGGUCGGAUUCUCAUCUCUUUAAAGUAUAGCUCACAGAAGACUGGGCUUGUCGUUGGAAUUGCAAGAUGUGCACAUUUAGCAGCUAUGGAUGCAAAUGGCUACUCAGAUCCUUACGUAAAAAUCUAUUUGAAGCCAGAUGUGGACAAGAAAUCAAAACAUAAGACAGCUGUGAAAAAGAAAACACUUAAUCCAGAAUUUAAUGAGGAAUUUUGCUAUGAAAUCAAGCAAGCAGAUUUGGCAAAAAAGACUCUGGAAGUAACAGUUUGGGAUUAUGAUAUUGGAAAAUCAAAUGACUUCAUUGGUGGGGUAACGCUUGGAAUUAAUGCAAAAGGUGAACGUUUAAAACAUUGGUUUGACUGUCUGAAGAGCAAGGACAAGAAAAUAGAGCGCUGGCACACAUUGACCAAUGAACUCCCAGGAUCUAUUCUCAGUGAUUGAUGCCACGUGUCCAUUCAGAAUCUUGCUUCGCAAGUCAGCACGCGACAAGUGGUUCUCCGAGAGCACGCAUAAAGAACUGUCACAGAUAGGUUGGGCCUCUUGCACUUUUUGUUUCAGAACCAACGCUCUCUAGACCUCUUCACAGAUACCUAACUUUGCCUGGUAAUCUUGUGGCUUACAUAAUGGCUUCUGUAAAUGUUUACAUGCAUUUGUGUAUCUGAGCACUUGGGAUAAAUAUCAGAGCUGUACCUUUGGAUGAUUUUUUUAUAAUUGGUGUAACAACAAGAAUUAUCCAUUUUUGAUGAUUGAUACUUGUAGUGACCCAGGCCAAGCAGAUUAUUGACCGUUUUGGGGUGUUUAAUUUUUAUUGCUACAAAAGUGAAAAAGGUCUCUGAAGUAUUUAGUUAUAUCUCUGCUCUCUAUAGCAGAAGUGACCCUAUUCCAAAAUAAGUUGUACAAAGGAAUGGGACCUGUUCUGUGUUUAGUGUUAUUUUGGAGAAAUAAAUUACUUUUGAUACAGAUCUGGAGUACUAUGGACAUAGUAGUGGCAAAUUUUCCACAGGCUUAGAUUAAAUAAAGAAUAAAACUUCAAAUAAAGUAAUGUGUUUUCAGAGAAGCCUGUCAAUAUUCCAGAAACAAAUUGACAAGGUUCAAGCAAAGCUAAAGGUAGCACACAGAAAAUAAUUGCUGCGUGGUUCAGAUUUUAAUUAUCUUCCUUUUAUCACAACAAUACAUACUGUUUCUCUUUUUAAAGACCUAGAUUAAAAUUGAGCUGUGGGAGUGACGAAUUCUGUAAUAUUCCUUCAUUCAGAUUUUCACAAUUAAUGGGUCACUUUAUGAAUCUUUAAUGAAUCAAUGUAAAUCCACAAAACAGCUUUCAAUUAGUAUUUGUUGUAUCUCAAGUCCUUAGUUGAAAAAGUGGAAUCAAAAAAUGUCAGGGGGUAGAAAAGUAAUUAAUAGCCCCAUUGUUUGAAACAUAACAGUUCACAUUUGCAGGACAAGGGUAAAAGGAGUGAGAUGUAUGAGAUAAUUCUGCCCAAGAAAUAGAACAGGCACGAAUUACAGUCUACACAGUCAUGUAGAAACAAUUUAUUUUCUAGAAAAAAUUUUAGACACUUCCAACAAAAAAAUUGAUCUCAAUGUGUUUUCUGACAUUUUGACACUGUGCUCUGUUCCAUCUUCCAAGCCCAAAAUAAUUACGAAUAAGGACAACCAUUAAUUUAGUAAGAAAAUCAAAGUAGUUUUAAGCAUGACCGCCCAACAUCAGGCACAGAAUUGCGACAAUUACAUCAAUUAUGCAUGUGCUAAUUUAAUCAUUUGGAAUAUUUUAUUUUUACCACCUACAGAAGGUAAAAUCACGUAUUGAUAUAAUCAAAACAAAACCUCAUAACUGAACUCUAACUCCAAGUCACUCCUAAAAGUGAAGCUGCCCUUUUCCUCUUUUAGAGCCUAAUUGAACUGCUGUAUCUUUCAAACAGUUUUUGAUAUUUUGCCCAUAGAAGCUUCCCAGAGAAAACAAUGUCAGUACCUGAAAGCCCACAAGGUUACUACCUUGGUUCGAGCAUCCUUGAAAUCAUGUAUUUUUGUGAUCUAAUGAAAGAUGGAGGAAAAAGAGCUACCAAAAGAGAAUUAUAGAAUUAUUAUCAUGCAGAAACAGGUCUCACCUCAUCAAAAAAUAGAAUGCUGUAGAUUUCAAAGAUCUGGAAUAAAAGCAGAAAAUACUGGAACUACUCAUCAGCUUUACUAACGUGGAAAAGACAAAAACUUAUUGUUUCUGAUCAAUGACCAUUCAUCAGCAGUGGGAAAAGUAAUAAAUGUAAUAGAAAUGUAAUAAACUUGAAGCAAAGGUGGGUGAAUCAAGAACAAUAGGAAUGUUUUUAUUGGGAUGAAAGACAGGAGAGGAAUUGAAUGACAGAAGAAUUAGACUAUCUGGAUCAAGGGGAAUGAAGAUCAACCAAGAAAAGAAACAAAACAUGAACAAUACACCGGGCACAGGUGUGCUGAUGAUGUGUGCAAGCACAACAUUGGAGUAAAACCAAUGAAUGUAUCGUUGAAUUGGGAAGGCUGAAAAUUGCUUUUUCGAAAGGUAAGGUAUCAUUCCUCAAACUCAUAUUGAGCUUCAUUGAAAAAGUGCAGCAGACUAGGGGCCUAGAGCAAGACAGGGAAUUAAAAUGACAGGCCACAGGAAGGGUCAUGCUUGUGGGCUAAGAAGAGAUGUUUGGUUUCCAAAAUAUUGGGGAUUCUGCAAGGGCAAACUGCAAACACGGUGAACUGGACUGAAAGAAAUUCAUGUAAAACACUGCUUCACGUGGAAGGAAUGUUUGGAGUCUUGGAUAGUGAGGAAAGUAUAGGUAAAGAAUAGGUGUUACAUUGGGAUGGAAAGCUUCCAAGGAAAAGGGAUAGAGUGUUGCAUUGAUUGAUGAAUGGAGCAGGCUAUCAAAAUGGAAUGACACCUUGUGAAGAUGGCAUAUACAUGACUUUUAAUUGUCAUCACACCUUUGGAAUUUCUCAUUCCCACUGUUAGCAAGAUCUCUAACCCAGCAAACAAUGCACCAACAGCACUAUAUGCAAAUUAGCAUACCAAGAGAAUGAACAGCUGUUAGUAUUUUGCAAAUUAUAAAUCAUUAAAUGAGUAGUGUAUGAUUUGUACUAGUUAUUGACAAUUUAAAACUGAGUAAUACCACAACAUGAAAAUAAGCUCCAUUUCCUUUGUAAUGGAUAAUUUUUUACAAAAAUGGUCUUGCAGGAAUGCAUAGAAAACAUUUUUUUUUAAAAAUCUAGUAAUCAGAUGUAAUCUCAGGAAAAAAAAAUGUAACCACAGUACAGCGAAUAUUUUGGUUCAGCCCCAAUCAAAAGAUUCCACCUCAAGAUUUAAAAUAUUACUGGCACGCUGAUCUUCAUUAAUGAAAAGGAUUGGUGGCCGGGGCGGAAGAGUAGGAAAAAGAAUUUAAGAAUUCUUCUAAAUACUGGAAUACUACAGAUGAAGUUUUCAAGAAAUCCAAUUGUCAAUACAGUUUCAGGCUAAUAAAUAAAGUAUACAUAUUCUUGUAAAACCAUCUUUAAACCAGUUUGUAGAAGGAAAAUGAACCAAUUCAAUUUAAUCAUUCAUUGCUUUCUUCCUUGUACACUGCUUGUAUCAAAAGCACAUUAUUUUUUUUUAAUGCUGCAAUAAUUCACUUUAAUGCAAUUAAAAAUUGGAAAAAAAAUUCAUGACAUUGACCAGUUAAUGGGCCACGUUUGUGCCUCUUUCAUUCCCUUCAGUAAAACACACUAGAUCUACCUGCAGGGCUCUGGGUCCAGGUUCUUUUGUGAUAGUAAUUGACCGUGGAAAUAUUGCAGUUUGCCUGAUUCUACUGUGAAAAUACUACGGCCAUAUCAAAUUAUUAGUCAGAAGGAAUGGUAAACAGUUACAUCAAAUUUAAUUUCAGGAGAUUUCACUUGAGUGCAUUGUUGUUUGUGCAGCAUUAAUAACUAGCACUCUGUGUCAAAAUGUAUGGCUGUUUAAAAGUGUUAUGAUACAUACUGCUCAGUACUUUAAGCUAACUCUGUGUAUACAAGAUAAAACAUUACAGAGUUUGACAUUUUUGACAUCUCAAUGAAAGUCACAUCACAAAACCUUAAGUGUCAAAAAUGAUAUUUAAAUAUUUGGACUUUUAUAUACAACCUACUUGCGUAAUUAAUAACAACAAAACCAUGUUGAAUGUGCAAAACCCACUUUGAGGAUGAAUUCUUUAUGCUUUUUAAGAAUCUGAAUUUUGUAUGGAUUUCAAUUAUUGUGCAUGAAGCUUGACUGGCUGCUAUUAUUGUACUAACUUGAAAUGCAACAUGCAACAAACAUUCCAAUUCGAAAAAUUUUGUGGAUUUUAAAACCAAUAACAUGUUUAGAGUAACGUUCGCAACAUUACACUCUGCAUGAAGUGUUAAUUUCCUUAUGCCCUUAAAAAUGUUUAGCAGUUGAUCAUAUAUUUUCUGUAAAUGAGCCUUGCACUACAGAUUAUUGUUCUAUGAUGCACAUUAUCUACUUUGUUCAUAAUCAAUCAACCAACCUCCCUUAAAUAGGAAGAGAUACAUAUUAUGCCAAAGGUUCAUUUUAACUUGCUCUAUUAUCUGUGACAUAAAGUUCCUUGAUUGUGUGCAGUUAUUCAGUUUAACCUUGUGUGGAACAAGUGACCAUGUAAUGGAGCAAAAAAGGACAAUGACUUGCAUCUACUCUCUAUUGCCCAACUCUGUUAUAACUUGUUAUAACUUUUUAAAGAAUCUUAAAACAUAAUUCCUGAAUGUUGAAUUUAUUUAAAAAUGCCUAAUCAAUAAAGAACACAGCCAUAUUUUCUCUUUUUUUUGCAUUCUGUGCUGUUCACAGCUGAGUAGGAUUAUAAGAUACCAAAAUGGAACAGGAUUUAUUGUACUUUGUAACCAUGUGUUACAAGCACAAACCCUAACAGAAUGAAGGGUGUAUUAGAAGGUAGUCACAGUUGUCAAUACAGGUUAACUUUUUGCAGCCGAAUUCAAGGGUUGAUCUCAAUUAAAUAGUUAUUUUCAGAACUGUUUAGAGAAAAACAUAUUCAUCUAUUUACAAAAAAUACUCAUCAAAUAGACCAAAGAAUACAACAAAAGGCUUUUUUGUGUUUGUUUUAAGUUCGAUUCCGUUUUGAAAGAAGUUUUUUUUUUAUUUCCACCUUUGAAAUGGUCUCUGAAUUCUUAUUACUUUGAAUUGACAACAUCAAUAAUUUAGAUUUGUGAAGUAACAUUAAUGUAAUAAAACACUCCAAGGCGCUUCUCUUUUUUUAAAAAAAAUAGGGUUACAAACAAAAACAUUUGUUUCUACAGAUCCAGUUUACUUUGAGAAUUUAAGGUGAAAACCUGCCAGGAUUUGACAGUAUCAUUUAAGUGCUGAAAUUAAAUAACAGUACACUACAAAAUACACAAACAGUGGUCUUGUGUUCCACUCAUGGUAAAAUCUCUGACUAGAAAUUGAUCAGUUGAUUAAAAGUACAAAAUAUCAAUUUGAUUUUUUUUACAUUUUUCUCUUUCUAGUUUACCAGAUUUUUCAUGUAACUGUAUGGAAUGCAUGCAGAUAAAUAUCGUAAAUCACCUUUACAAUGAAUGUUUCUAAUCAUGUUUUACUACAAUGUGGGGAAUGCAACGUCAACUUUGAAAGUAUCUUUUAUUGCUUCUCACAAUAACUGACUUUUGUAUCUCAGC